AUGAAUACAGAUGGUCACCACAAGCUGUCAUUUGUCAUUUGUCAUAUCAGUAAUCGAACUAACACUAGUACUUUUUGGAUAAGUUGCUUUUAUUGUAUUCUGUUCAUUUUCUUCCAGCGAGCCCUGAAAACUCCUGUACAUGGUGACUGUCAGAUAUGUGGGCAGCCAGGUCAUGGAAGCCAUUUUGGAGUGCUAGCCUGCAGGGCCUGCGCUGCCUUUUUCAGAAGAACGGUAGUGAUGAACCGUCAGUACUCUUGCCGUCGAGCAAAUGGCUCGUGCCAAAUCUCUAAGGAUGAACGAUAUCUCUGCCGACUAUGUCGCUAUAACAAAUGUCUAGCACUGGGCAUGACUCCGGACAGUAAGUUUGAUUCGAAAUGCAUUGAUCACUUUUGUUUUGAAUCAUCCCACUCAUUCGACAGCCCACUGAAAGUCGGUAUUUUACCUGAGAGAGAGCGCGGAAGAGAUCCAAGACAUGCUCCAAAGAUCAUCCUGAUCUGCAUCUGCAGCGGCUUUUGU